CAUAAAUCAUAUGGUGAAAUUUAUCAUAAACUGUUAGCAUCACUUGUAAGUAACACGCUGCUUUUCAUUCAACUAAUGCUGACAGAUUCAAGUUAAUUUUACUAUGAUUAUAACAGAGGCUACUAGAGGUAUUCAGUAUAGGCUAUUUAGUUCAUAUUUAACACUAUAAACAUCAGUACCUGUCGUUAGAAGAAUGUUUUCACUUUUAAAUUUCUGUCAACAAUAAUCCCCAACAAGAAAAACAUGCAGAGGACUAUAAUUAUUAAUAGCUCUGCACUUAACAACUACAAAACGCUAAAAUUCAACAUUACCGUAAUAAAUGUUUGUUGAUUGGCAAUAUUUUCGAUGAUGGAUUUUCUUCGAGGAGAUCCCAAUUUCCAGGAAGCAAGUCAUGUACCGGUACACAAAAAAAGAUCAAUUCAUUUGAAAGCAAAUUCAAAAUGUACACGAAGUUUGAUUGUCCGUCUACAGAAGACAUAAAGGAAAAAGAAAGGAAAAUUGAAUCCUUCAUCGGACAGAGAAAUCAGAUUGAUGUAGAAAACUGUGAUAAAUUGAACUUCUCAGAUAAAACUUUUAUUGAUCUGUACAUACAAAAGCUAGAAAAAAAGAUUUGUAAGCUACAGUCUAUUACAUCUGAAACAAGAAUAGAAAGUGCAUCACAGGAAAUCGGAGAAGAAUCUUGCCAGAAAUUAAAUCAUCGUAACAAGUUUUCCUGCCAAGAGACGAAAAAGAAUCCGGAUCCUAACAAGUUACGCUAUGAUGAAAGUUGUUUGGAAAGUGGGUGUUUUCCAGAUAACUUUGCCUACACACUGAAGGCGAGAGACUGGGAUGCCGAGUAUGAACAGUUGAUGCACAAGGAUAUGCCUCCACUCGACUUGCCGUCCUGGCCUGAUGGCUCAUGCGAACCUCCUCACAGUCAAGCUCUAGAAUGCCAGCAGCCAAAAUGUCAAAUGAAAUUGCCACCAUUAAAAAAAGAGCCGAGAAUAAAGCUGAACAGUGAUGAAGUCAACAAAUUGUUGGCUGAUUAUAAUUCGAUGAAAAAAUGUGCAGAGGCACCACCAGUGCCACCCAAAUGGCGUACUGCACCUUCCUACAGUUUUUUAUAUGAGGAUGUACCACUUGAAUUUACGCUCUUUUCAAAGAAAGCAUUUGACGAAGAUUAGAAUACACAAAACUGCACUACAGAUACAUUGAUGAAUAGUUAGUUAUAAUUCACAAAAAUAAACAUUUGACAAACUGA